ACCGUGCAACAGUACAUAAAAAAGUCGCAGUAGUCAGUAAUACGUUAAUCUGCUUUAACUGCCGUUACAGAGUUUUCGACUUCAACGAAAUUUAUUUGGAAUAAUAAACAUUAGCCAUGGUUGACGUUAUUCAGCGUGUUCUGGACGAUCACUCGGAAAUUAAGCACGCGUACGAGCGCGUGCAGGCCACACAGGGCGAGGACGCGGAUAAAUGGCUGAACCAGUUGAUCUGGAGUAUCGCCAAGCAUGCCGCUGCCGAGGAGCUGGAGGUGUACCCGCUUCUCGACAAAUUAGGCGGACAAGCCAAAGCGCUGGCCGACGAAUCCCGGAAGGACCACCAGAAGACCAAGGAGGCCCUCAGCCAGCUGGACGGGAAAAAGGUCACGCCGGAGACCCGCCCCCAGAUCGACCGGAUGAUGGAGGAGCUCCUGCAGCAUAUCGCCAUGGAGGAAAGCCAGGACGGCGAUCUUGACGUCAUCCGCAAAGGCCUCUCCGGGGAUGAACUGCUGGAAGCCGGGAAGAAGUACGAGAAAACCCGCAAGAUGGUGCCGACACGCCCGCAUCCCGACGCCCCCGAUAAGGGAGCGUUCCAGAGCCUCACCGGCUUCCUGGCGCUGCCUAUCGACAAGAUGCGCGAUCUCUUCCGCUCCUUCCCCGAUGAAGCGCAGGAUCUGCAUUAAACGGCUUGCUUCUUAAUUCGCUGUUUCUCCAUGAUAUAUUACUUGUGACGUUAUUUCUAUGUGUUCCGCAUUGCGUUUCUCUGCACUACUUAUUUUUCUUAUAUACAUACUGUGCUUAUUUAAGUUUUGUGCAACAGCACAUAAAAAAGUGGAAUAAACUUCUUGACAGUUACCAAUAUAUUGCUAGUUGUACAGUUGCAAAACAUUUAUUUGUGUGUGUGUACGAGUGAGUAUCAUUUAUCAUUAGCGGAAAAACUGCAUGCCAUC